AUGUGUGCUUGCUGCCACAUGGUGGCAGUGGUGCUCUUCCUUCCAACAGAACACAUCAGUCUGCUGAAAUUCACCUUUAAAGACCUGGGGAAACAAAGGACUGGUUUAGAGGUCACCUUUAAAGACCUGGAGAAACAAAGGACUGGUUUAGAGGUCACCUUUAAAGACCUGGAGAAACAAAGGACUGGUUUAGAGGUCACCUUUAAAGACCUGCUGGAGAAACAAAGGACUGGUUUAGAGGUCACCUUUAAAGACCUGGAGAAACAAAGGACUGGUUUAGAGGUCACCUUUAAAGACCUGGGGAAACAAAGGACUGGUUUAGAGGUCACCUUUAAAGACCUGGAGAAACAAAGGACUGGUUUAGAGGUCACCUUUAAAGACCUGGAGAAACAAAGGACUGGUUUAGAGGUCACCUUUAAAGACCUGGAGAAACAAAGGACUGGUUUAGAGGUCACCUUUAAAGACCUGGAGAAACAAAGGACUGGUUUAGAGGUCACCUUUAAAGACCUGGAGAAACAAAGGACUGGUUUAGAGGUCACCUUUAAAGACCUGGAGAAACAAAGGACUGGUUUAGAGGUCACCUUUAAAGACCUGGAGAAACAAAGGACUGGUUUAGAGGUCACCUUUAAAGACCUGCUGGAGAAACAAAGGACUGGUUUAGAGGUCACCUUUAAAGACCUGGAGAAACAAAGGACUGGUUUAGAGGUCACCUUUAAAGACCUGGGGAAACAAAGGACUGGUUUAGAGGUCACCUUUAAAGACCUGCUGGGGAAACAAAGGACUGGUUUAGAGGUAACCUUUAAAGACCUGCUGGAGAAACAAAGGACUGGUUUAGAGGUCACCUUUAAAGACCUGCUGGAGAAACAAAGGACUGGUUUAGAGGUCACCUUUAAAGACCUGCUGGAGAAACAAAGGACUGGUUUAGAGGUCACCUUUAAAGACCUGCUGGAGAAACAAAGGACUGGUUUAGAGGUCACCUUUAAAGACCUGGAGAAACAAAGGACUGGUUUAGAGGUCACCUUUAAAGACCUGCUGGAGAAACAAAGGACUGGUUUAGAGGUCACCUUUAAAGACCUGCUGGAGAAACAAAGGACUGGUUUAGAGGUCACCUUUAAAGACCUGGAGAAACAAAGGACUGGUUUAGAGGUCACCUUUAAAGACCUGGAGAAACAAAGGACUGGUUUAGAGGUCACCUUUAAAGACCUGCUGGAGAAACAAAGGACUGGUUUAGAGGUCACCUUUAAAGACCUGGAGAAACAAAGGACUGGUUUAGAGGUCACCUUUAAAGACCUGCUGGAGAAACAAAGGACUGGUUUAAUGGUAACCUUUAAAGACCUGCUGGAGAAACAAAGGACUGGUUUAGAGGUCACCUUUAAAGACCUGCUGGAGAAACAAAGGACUGGUUUAGAGGUCACCUUUAAAGACCUGCUGGGAAACAAAGGACUGGUUUAG